AUGAUUGGGGAAUGGAAUGGCCUUAUACCUGUAGUGUCCGAAGACCCGGGUGGAUGUCGAAUCUUAGCUGAGGAGAGGAAACAGCGGAUGCGAUCAAGGACACCGGUGUGGGGCUUGCCGAAAGCACUCCGAUGCCAAAGCAACCUAGAGUUACUAGGUGCAGUCACAAGAUCAAGUGCUAAAAACUUGCAAGAAGGGUAUUUUGGACAUUUAUGCCCGACACCUGCCAGGUGUUGGACACGUACAUGGUUCGACUUGAAUUUCAAAGUGGAAUUUGGGUUGGGUUCUGUCAUCAGAUCUGAAGGCCGGCAAAGUCACCAAGCUCUACUAUUGCCUGCACGAAGAGGGAGAAACAUAGGGAGAGAUAUGAGAGAGCUAAUAAGAAGACGAUUCCGACGACGAUGUAGUAGAGGGAGAAACGAUGCCAACGAUGAUGUGGAUGAUGGAGGAUGGGGUACCGACGUUGACGACGGUGUCGGGAAUUGUGGUGGGGGAAAGAGGUCAUAA